UGCCCCCUAAUCAACGAACAGCUACUGUAAAAUUAUCCAAAAAACAACCGGCGAGUUUCGUAUUGGCAACACUGUCACCUCACCUAACCUCAAUUUUUGUUAUCCGUUAAAGGCGUCCUUACAGUAUUAAGCUUCAAGAAUGGCCCACACCAUACUGCUAGUCCAACCUGGCACCAAUCCCGAAACAAGAACCUACUCGGAUUACGAAUCGGUCAACGAAUGUAUGGAAGGCGUGUGCAAAAUAUACGAGGAGCAUCUCAAGCGGCGCAAUCCCAACACACCCACGAUCACCUACGAUAUCUCGCAACUUUUCGAUUUCGUCGACCAGCUCUCCGACUUGAGCUGCCUAGUUUACCAGAAGUCGACAAACACCUACGCCCCCUACAACAAAGAUUGGAUAAAGGAAAAAAUUUAUAUUCUGUUACGACAAGCUGCCGGUCAUAAUGAUUGAGUACGAUUAAUUAAAUGUUAAAUUACGAUUUAUUUGCUUUCAUUUUCGUUUUUAAGUAUGUA